CCGAGUCAAGUCCGUUUAAAACUAACUAGGAGAGGCGGAUAAGGAAGAAAAAAAUUUGCCAAGGGAAGCUCUCAGAUCCGAAUUUCAAUUCGAUGAGUUCGCCUGAGUUCAAGGGCCUUGCCGGCCACAAUUCUUCCUUUCAAGAAGGCGUAACUCCUAACCCCGACCCCGCCUUAGACAUCGCGAACGAACACCGUCCCGAGCACUUGCACCACGGUGGACUUGCAGCGAAUCCUGCCAAUCAUCCCGAUGAGGUCGUUUACUCAAACACCUCGCCGGAUAAGAGUUUAGAGAAACCACGCGAUUACGCGACUGCCGAGAAAGCGGUUACCGAUGAGGAUAGUGGAAAUGUCGGCCACAUUCGCGGCAAUGGGGAUGACGAGGAGCAAAGUUUCCUUGCUUACUGGUACCAGAGAUAUAGGGCUUACGUUCAUCUGACCAUAUGGCUCGUCUUCACGGCAUGGUGGAUUUACGGCCUCGUUCGUUUCCGGAAUGAGAAGAAUUGGUUGAUUCCGUUCUUGCUGUAUCUUGCGAUAACGCUUCGCAUCAUAUUCCUCUGGAUCCCGGUUAAAUAUGCCAUGAUGCCUGUGAAAUUCGUCUGGCGACACACAGCUUCGAGAGGAUAUGAGCUCACACCGAAGAAAUUGCGCAAGCCGAUUGCCGCCACUGUUACGGUCGCAGUGUUCUUGAUUGGCACCAUGGUACCAGCGGAAACUGGCGAAAAUACUCGUGCGCGCCGAGCGCAAGCUCUAUUCGGGCUUGUCGUGAUGAUUGCUGUCUUGACAGCAACAUCCAGAAGCUGGAGGAAGAUCCAAUGGCACACCGUUAUCGCUGGAAUGCUUACCCAAUUCGUCGUUGCUGUCUUCGUCUUGAGAACGCAAGCUGGAUACGACAUCUUCAAUUUCAUAUCGACGUUGGCGAGUACCUUGCUCAGCUUCGCCAAAGAUGGUGUCGAGUUUCUGACUACUGAAGACGUGUCUAAUUUGAAAUGGUUCUUGAUUACGGUCGUGCCGCCCAUUAUCUUCUUCGUGGCUCUUGUUGCGCUUCUGUACCACGUUGGUCUCAUUCAAUGGUUCAUCGGCAAAGUCGCCGUUUUCUUCUUCUGGAGUCUGCGCGUUUCGGGUGCUGAAGCUGUCGUGGCAGCCGCGACACCUUUCAUCGGACAGGGUGAGUCGGCUAUGUUGGUCCGACCGUUUGUGCCGCACAUGACGCUGGCGGAACUUCACCAGAUCAUGACGUGUGGUUUUGCGACAAUUGCUGGUUCCGUGCUAGUCGCGUACGUCGGACUUGGUCUGAAUCCUCAGGCUUUAGUUUCUUCGUGCAUCAUGUCUAUCCCGGCGUCCCUUGCUGUGUCCAAGAUGCGAUAUCCCGAGACGGAGGAGACGUUGACAUCCGGUCGCGUUGUCAUUCCGGCAGACCAAGAGCACAGAGCCGCUAACUCAUUAGAAGCAUUCGCUAAUGGCGCCUGGCUCGGCUUGAAGAUCGCAGGCAUGAUCAUCGCCACACUUCUUUGCAUUAUCGCAUUUGUCGCUUUGAUUAACGGGCUUCUCACCUGGUGGGGUGGUUACUGGGGCAUCGAGAAGUUAACCAUUCAGUUCAUCCUUGGUUACAUAUUCUACCCCAUUUCAUGGCUGCUCGGUGUGCCUAACGCGGAUCUCCUAUAUGUCGGGGAACUUAUCGGAACGAAGAUCAUCGUUAAUGAGUAUGCCGCAUUCAACGCUCUUAAGACCGACCCCCGAUACUCUGGAUUGAGCCUACGAGCUCAGCUUAUUGCUACAUAUGCUUGUUGCGGCUUCGGCAACAUCGGCUCUCUCGGAACGCAAAUCGGUGUUUUGGCUCAGAUCGCCCCCGGUCGUGCUGGUGAUGUAUCCAAAGUUGCUCUUUCGGCGUUGGUUUCUGGUGUUAUCUCGACCUUAACGUCCGCGAGCGUUGCUGGUAUGCUAUACACCGACGGAGUAGGUGAUUUUAUUACUGCGUCGAGUUAAUGAUCCGGGGUAUUGGGAUAGCCGUAAGAUGCGUAUGUAGAAAAAAUUUAUAUAUAAUGAAAAUGAACAUUAAAUAAAUACUUCAGUGCAUUCUCGAUUA